AACACAUAGAAGUAGUUAUCCAAAAUAAAUGUCAUGUUAAUAAAAAAUAAAAAACAUCCCACAACCAGGUAAAUAAGUAUAUGGUUAUGCAUGACUUACUUAUUUUAGUUAAGAAUCUUGCAUACGACUAAAACAAAAAACAGUAACUUUGAACGUCUGAACAAAUUCUGGUACACAUCUGCAAAAACAAUCAUUCACAUUGUAUAUUUGCCAAUUGCUUUGCAUUAGUUAAUGCUUUUUUUUAAAUUACAGCUUUAUAUUUCAGUAAAUGUUAAAUACUAAGCUAGAGCCUUCUAUGCUUUUUUCUUUUCUUUUUGGGAAUAACAAAGAAAACUGAAAGGGAAAAAAAGAACUGAACGAAAAUAUUCUCAAAUCCAUCUCACCUCGACAUCACUGCCGCCAGGGUUUUACUAAAUCACACGACGAAUAAACAAAGCUUCCUUUAACCACCUCAAGACCUGCAAACUUAAAUGUUUACAAACCAAACCUUAAGUGUCUUAAAGAAAUCCUUGCCGCAGCCACAGCAACAGCAGUCUGUUCUUUGUUCUUCCUGUUGAGGGCCUCCCGGUCUAUGCGGCACAACCGCCACUAGGUGGCGCUCACGUUCCACCAAAAGCCACCAGCUUUCCCAACUUGACCGCGCUGACGUCACUCCAGUCUGGAGCAUCAAGGCCACUUCCACGCCGCUAUUGGUCUGAAGCUCACAUGACAUGUCUCCGAGCAUCCAUAAUUGUGUUACAGAUAUUUUUUGCACCCCCCUCCAAAAGAUGUCAGCAUCCUACUGUCCUUGUUCUCCUGCUGGAACCCCGCAGUUCAGAGCGGCGGAAAAAACCAAGUGAUCACCCCUCAAGAGUUGUCACAUGCAAAUAUGACAUGUCCGAAUAACAUAUCGCCCGGUAACUUCCUGAUGGAUUCCUUAAUGGGAGGAUCAUCUUCCUACAGGGCUGAGGGCUAUUCCAGCAACCCGGGAAUGUACAUUCAUUCAGCUGCAGAGUACGGAUACUCAGUGAUGAGGAACAUUGGAAAGGUUGGAUCAUCCCCACUCUCCAAAAGAGACGAAGUUCCUCCAGGCAACGUCUCGCUCGGCGGCUUCCAGGAUGCGCCCUACCUGUCAGCGCAGCUGGCCACAUGGACACCAGGCACCAAAAACAGCAGGGACGAGCAACCUGUUGCCCACCAGUGUUUACAGCCCUGCUCGUUUCCAGCGGGCAGCGUCAAAGAGGAGGCGUUUUGUUGCCUCUAUCAAGAUGACAGCAAUAAGGGGAAACAGACAACAGAGUCGGCCACUUACAUCCGGCUCGGAGACAAUAGCUGCCGGCGGCCUGAGCAGACUGCAGCCUCCUCCAGUGGCGGCUACUUCCAUGUGUACGGCGGGGAGAGGCCACAGCAGGACGAGCAGCAGCAACAGCAGCAGCAGCAGCAGCUGCCCUCCGGCUUUACUCUGACCCACUUGGCGUCAUCUGUUGAAACAACAGCAGAGUCGACAGUGAGCUGCAGCAAAAUCGCGCAGGAGGUAGCCAGAGAGGCUCCUAAAACAGAUGAGGGUGAGAGCAGGAAGGAAGACAAGGCCAAGAGUGACAGCUGCUCAGAUAACUCGGACGGGGAAAUUAAAGAUGAUUUAUCCGCGGAAAAGACAACGGGAAGCUGGUUAAAAGCCAAAAGUGGAAGGAAGAAGCGGUGUCCCUACACAAAGCACCAGACGCUGGAGCUGGAGAAGGAGUUCUUGUUCAACAUGUAUCUGUCUCGGGAGCGCCGCCUGGAGAUCAGCCGCAGUAUCAACCUGACCGACAGACAGGUCAAGAUCUGGUUCCAAAACAGACGCAUGAAGCUCAAGAAGCUCAACAGGGAGAGCCGAGAAAGGGAGCAGAGUGCAGUUUACAACUAUUCCUGAAGACUCUGUCAGCCUCAGACGUCCUCACACAUACGUUUCAAAUAGACAUGCAUGCGUCAUUUUGUAAUGCUUUUAUCGGUUUUCUUUUCAUGUGCACACAAACACACACAUUAAGGGUGCCUUCUAAUGUGAAUAGAGAAGCUGCAACUUGCAGAGAGAGCGAGAGAGAGAGAGCGAGAGAGAGAAUUGGAAGAUUGAGGUGCAAUUGUUUUGUGAAGCUGACUAUUGAGGCAGCCUCGGUCAGAUUAUAAAUUUACAGUGACACUUUGACACUGCUGAGCUGUUCAUGUUUUGCUGCUGCUGCUGCGGCUUCUUCGUUUUGGUGUCUGUGGGAAUUUCGUGCUGUGUAACGUGCAUGCACAAGGUGACAUUAAGCUCUGUCAUGCUAAACGGUUCCAAACUAAUAAAAAAAA